AUUCUGUUUGGAGUGAUACUUAUCAUUUAAAUAUGGGCACAUUUGCGCCAGUGGUGGUGUUUUCUAGCUAUCGAUAUAUCAUACAAAAAAUGCAAGAUGCGGGGUCAGGCGGUAUAUUUCAUCCGAUAAGUCCGCGGUCACACUGAAAACCAUGUUAAACAAAAAAUGCAAGAUGCAGGCAUUCUAAUUGGAAAAAAACCACUUUAAUUACAUGUUGAACACUAUUAAAGAAGUAUUACGUGGACAAACAAAGAUAAGCCGGUGUAUUUGUUGCGGUUGAUGACGGUUGUUCGCUGAUUCCGGGUGUUGACAAGGUUUUUACCUUAGCAGCGCUAUGAAGAAGCGGAGCUCACGUUGCAGUUCGGAGGCUUUCAAGGAACAGCCGAUGGACAGUGACGACAUCAGCCUGCUCCAGCGACCAUUGCGCACGGCCCACACUGGCUUCGAGGAGGCGCGCCGAGCCUACGAGGAUGGAACCAACGAGGUGCGCCAGCUGCUCAGUCAGGAGUGCAGCCUCAUAUACGAGUGCAAAGUGUGCCGCAACAUGUUCCGCAGUCUUGCGAAUUUCAUCAGCCACAAGCGGGUCUUCUGCUGUGUGAGUGCCCGCACAGCCCAGCAGAAUGGAUACACAGACCAUAACUCCAUCAUCAUACAAACGGGCAGCGGGCCGUCGCCCCAGGACAUUGAGCACAUGUUGCGCAGUCGUAGCACUGGCUGCUCGCCAGUUCCUCGCGAGGUUCGUCCCAUACGCGGCAGUAUACGGGACCUGAGUGGAGUCAUCGAGCGUCUGCGACGUGAGAAGGCGCCCUCAUCCAUGCAAAAUGCGCCCACGGUGCUGAAGCUGGAGUCGGUGCCGACGUCCAGUCAGGCAGUGUAUCAAACCAUUAAAAUCGACCAGGAUGACAGCAUGCGAACCGAAAUAAACGAGGUGCAUCACAUGCUCAAUCCCGCAAACACCAUUGUCGGCCCAGAUGGCAAGGCAAUGACUAAAAUCAAAUUCGAGCGCCGAGAUGGCAGUGACUCAGGCGAAACCGCCGAGCAAUCCAUCAGCGAUGACACGGAAGCGAACAUAUUUUGCGAGACAUGCAACCUAACAUUUCAAACUCAUAAAACACUGCACCUGCACAUACAAAAGAAUCAUUCGUCGUCGACCUUUGUGUUUCAGUGUCCAGCCUGUUCGGAAACCUUCCUGCAGGCCGCAGCAGUUAUACGUCAUUUGUCCAAGGAACACAAGAAACCAAGGCCUCGCAUUCGAAUGAUGCGUAGCAGCAUCCUCAAGCGUCGCAUCAAACAAGGAGAUAUUCAGCCGAAGGGACCCUCUCGCGAGCUCAAGCGCCUGCAGAUGUCCGACGAUGUGGUUGGCUACACGCCAGAGCCAGUAGAUGCGAGUGGUGAGCAGCGUAAAAUUAUGUCACUGUGCAUUUACUGCGAGAAGUCAUUCGAGCGUCGCGCCGCCUUGUCCACUCACCUGCUCAACUGUCGGGCCAAGCAAGAGGCGCUGGCGAAGCCGGCUCCCGGCGCCAAGAAGCUGAAAACAAAGGCAAAUGAGAGCAAUGCCUCUAGUGUUGAUGGUGCGGAUGCAGAGGAUCCACCGGCUGCCACAGUAGAUCUGUCGAGCAUCGGACGCACCAUUAAGCAGGAACCUGACGCCGACUCGACUGCUCUGAACGAAAUGUUCGCUGACCUGGCGGAAAAGAAUGAAACGUUCGUAACGGGGCUGCACACAGUCUCACUGGACAAGCUGCAGCUGCGCCACGAAACCGACUCGGCCAGCGUCGCGAGUAGCAAUACCAACAACAGUGAGGAGGAGUCGCUCGCCCAAGAGUCCAAUCCGGAUGAGGCCAAGGCCAAGGUGAAGAAGAAGCGCAGUGUGCCAAUCGAGAAGCAACUGCGUUGCCGCUGCAAGCUGUGCAACAAGGAGUUCAAUGCCCUUGGGAACCUGCGUCGACACAUAUCCAUGUUUCAUUACCGAAAGUCACGCUUCGGCUGCAACGUGUGUAACUAUCGCGCCUUUCGUCGCUACGACAUUGUCAACCACUUGGGCUUCGUCCACAAGAUUGAAGGCGAUCGCGAUCAGCUAACCGAGCAGUACGUGUCGACACAGGCGUGCGAUUACUCGCGCGAAGAUGUCGAUGCCGAUAUCAUUUUGGUGGAUGAGGUGGAGGAGGCCGAAAGUCUGGCAAUGAAGGAUUUGGAGACCAAGCCACCAAUCAGGACAUACGAGAAACGCACAAAGCGUGCCAAGACGACUGAGCCAGCGGGGGAGGCAAAUCUCAUAUUAGAUUCGACUGCGAUAAAGCAGGAACCCGACCUGGAACCGGCCGAACCCGUGACCAGCAAGAAGCGGCGCAAAUCGCGCAUUCAGAUAUCUCCCGAGUCCGGCGAGCAGACUACCGAGAAGCGUCCCACACGCAAGCGUGUCAAGGCGGUCAACAAAGACUUUGUCUACGAUAUGGUACGUUCGAAGCAAGAUGGCUCCAGCACACAGACAGCACCAGCAGCCCUGGCCAUGGAGUCCAUGCGCGCCAAGCUGCGACGCCAUGCGGGCAACGACGAGAACAAACCUAAGCAAUGGGAGGCCUACAUAACCGAGGCCAAGAAGCCACUGGUUCAAGGUAUCACGCGUCGCAUAAUGCUGGAGCUUGUCAGCCAAGGACGCGCCGUGUCUGCCACACUACCAGAGCUGCCAUCCGAGAGGCCGCAGAUACGACCGCGUCUCAUUUCCCACACACGCAGCGAAAGCCAGCAGCAACAGCAGCAGCAGCAGCAGCAUGUGGUGGAGCCCGAGAGUUUUAUCGAGAAGAUUGCAAAGCGUACUGCAGCCGCUGGCAAGGAUACCGCCGUCAUAAGUAACCUGUGGAACAAGGUCAACACAGCGAUGGCCCAGCAGCAGGGAUUGCCCAAAAAGGAGACAUCUGAGGAGAUUCCAUUGGCGAAGACGCCGCCCAAUAGCAAACCGACUCCGUUGGUAGCACCACCGUCGCCACCACGCAAAAGCCAGGCAACCGUUGCCGUCUCAGUUGUGACACCCACACAGCCUUCAUCGACACCGACAACGACAAUGCCCCCCCGGCUAACCGCUGGUAUGGAAUGCCUGGGCAGCAACGGCAGUCAAGCGGCCAAAUUUCCGGCAUUACCCAAGCCGCCAUCCGUUCUACAGGCAGCUGCCAAUGGCACCAUUCAGCUCACAUUGGAUAGUCUCCUUCGCGCUGCCCUGCAGAACUAAGCGGAACCAGAAAUGGAAUUUUCGCAGUCACCAUUUUCCACUGUUGCACGGUUUUUCCCCCAAUACCCCCCGCCUCACUUCUGUACUUUUCUUGCAACUUUCCGCUUUUCGUGUGGAAUGGCGUUGCUGUCUCAUUUAACGUUUAAAAUACAUACUUAUAUGUAAUCCACUGGUGUCCUUAUUAUAUAAAAGCAAGUAAGAAAUUAAGAAACAAAAAAAAACAAAAGAAAAGAAAAAGAAACCAAUUAUCCCUAGAUGGUAGAUCGCUUAGAGUAUUAAUGCUAUGGAACAACCAAAACGAAACAUAUGGAAAAUUAUAGUAUAAUUUUGCAGAUAUUAGGGAAUGUUUGUUGUUUGUCGUCUGAAUGGCAAGAGUACAGAAUUUGUAAAAUGUUAUAGUUAAUACUUUGUAUGUACCUAAUUUUAUAGAGAACUGCAAAUCCCCCUUAAAAUAAGGACCACAAUUUUAUAUAAUGUGUAAUGUGUAUGUGCUGUACAUAUGUAUGUGUGUUGGUAUUGUAUUGUAUUGUAUGUACAACAGGCUGACUGACCGGCUGCAAUAUUAAUUGUACGAUUUACAUACAAAUACCGUGUGCUAAAACCAAAAUUCACUGUGUAUACAUCCUAUGAGGAUACUCGAGUGGGAUGGGUAGGAACAACAUCUUGCCAUCUAUCAUGCGAAUCCAUCUCGGCUCGGAACAUUAAUACAUACCUACAUCCAAGAACAUCACACUGCGCCUGAGGAGAAGGCGGAGGCUGGGGCUAUGGCUGAGGCAUGCCAGCAUGAGGUCUCGCCUCUUCAUAUUGAUGCUGCAUAAAUUUGUUACUCAAAAUGUUAAUUACGAACUAAGCGAAAGUUAAAGCAAACGUUGUUUGAGGCAAUCUGUUGUUCAUAUACAUACCUAUACAAAUUCUUAUACAUAUAACAAUGUUUUCAUACAGUCGAACUUCUUUGGCUCGAACCCAUCUGUCGAUGCCCCACCCCACCACAUAACUUGCACAUAACUUGCCAUUUUCGAUGCGAAAAUAAUCCGUUGAUUAUAGUACACAGCAAACAUCGGUUAAAUGACAAAUUUGCAACAUUCUAUGGCACAGUAUUGUCAUAUUCAAAAGCCAAUUCCAGUUAGGUAACCGUUUCCCGUGCUAAUCGAUACAAACAAUUCUUCUUUAAGAUUCGUAUAAGCGAUAUGUACAUAUGUAUGUGCAUUGUACAUAUAUUUUAAACUCUUUUAAUAAUUUCACUACGAGCAUAUUAUGUUUGCAGCUUUUACCACUCCAAUAACUUUAUCUAUUCCCAAGAGAAGUUGGAAUUUGGCUAAACCCACAGAGGGACUUUGGUGCCAUCAGUUGACUCCAAUGCCAGGCAGAACUGGCCUAAUUCUGGCCUGACAGCACAGGGGCUUAUGCAAUUGAUGGGCCAUUCCGAAAUUCAUCUCAUCUAAAUACAAAAAAAAUAUUCGAGGGCGAAAAGUUCGACCGUAUGUGCAAUGUUAAUUUGGCAAUUCUUUUAUCAUUAACUUAAAGCACACUCACACACACUUACAGAAACGAUCUACGUACAUAUGUAUGUAUGUAUGUAUGUAUGCAUAUGUGUACGAGUAGUUCAAUGUAUUGAUGUAUCAUGGUGCGAGUAUCGUACUAGGUAGAGCCUUAAAUCAAAUCACCAAAUGAUAAUAAAUUCUAUAAUAAUCACCAAA